AAAAUAAAUCACUGAAUGCAUGCAUCUGAUCUGAGUGCUUUGACCCGUUUUUUCUGUUUGGUCACCACCUCCUCUCCGCUCUCCGCCAUGGCGGCGCAUCUAAUGUUCCUCAGAUCGGUUCUUGUUUCUCCCGGAAGACGUUCUUCCUCACCCUGAAUCAUCUGACAGUAGAAUUUCUCAGAUUGGAAACUUGCAGGUUGUGUUUUUUUUUUUGUCUUUUUAUGUAAGAAAGGUUUUUGUUCAAACAGUCCUGGUUUUGUUUCUUUCUUCCUGAAAGCUAUUCGCCCAGAACGAGAGGCAUCGCCAUUGAUGAGCGAAAUCCCAUUUUCUCGGGAAACAAACAGACAAUUUCUCUCUCUCUCGUUUACCGUCCUCUUUACGACCCUGUUACGGGAAAUUUCAAUGUUCUCUGUCCCCGUCAAUGUUAUUUUCCGAGAAAAUUCUGACCUGUUCUAAUCUCGACAUCUUGUCACUGUUUCUUUCUUCUCCGUCUUCUCUUCUCCGUGUUUUGUCCGCACGUAGAGAAACCGAUUUUUUUUUUUUUAAUAAAAAAAAUUAUGAUUGAAAAAGUCAGGAUGUGUGUGAGAUCUCACUCGAAGUCUUCGAAUGCUGAAAGCUGUUAUUCCCUUUUUCUGGUUCAUUGAUUAAAGAUUCCAGCUUUGUUGAGACAAUAAACAAACAGAAACUUUCGGAAUAUACCCAUUUCUGAUCCCAUAACUCUCAGUUUUCCGGGAAAGUUUUCAGUUUCCUGGGAAAAUUUUCAAGCUUCCUUGCGCUCUGUUACCGGAAUCGCGAACUACGAGGUCCGGCAUAUUCGGUCUCAGUCUCUCUGUCUGAAGCCAUCUCUGCUUUUGUUCUGUGAGCUUUUUUCCUCGGAGGUUCUGCCAAACAUGGGUUCUUAGAUUUCCUCAAAGUCUGCAAUUUUUUUUCCCAGUAAAGAUUCGAGCUUUGCUUCAGGGCUUGCCUGACGAGAGCGAAAGAUCAAGCCUUUGCUUCUGGGUAUUUUAGAUUCGGAUCUUUCCGGGUGUAAAGAUUCGUGGAAAGUGACAAGGAAAAUGUCGAAUGGAAGGAGCAGAAGGAGGAGGAGGAGACUACUCCUAAGCAAGAUUUACACGCUGAACUGUGGAACCGCAUGUUUCAGGCAAGACCAUUCUCAGGUCGGAGGACCAGGUUUCUCUCGGGUUGUCUUCUGCAACGAACCCAAUCGUGAAGAAUCAGCUGGAACAAGGGACGAUUACUGCGAUAACUACGUGAGGACCACCAAGUACACUCUGGCCACGUUCUUGCCAAAAUCUUUGUUCGAACAGUUCAGAAGAGUUGCAAAUUUCUACUUCCUCGUAACUGGUGUCUUGUCCUUCACUGAUCUUGCACCUUACACUGCCGUCAGCGCCAUUGUUCCUCUCAUCUUCGUCAUCGGUGCCACCAUGGUUAAAGAGGGUGUCGAAGAUUGGCGCCGGAAACAGCAGGACGUUGAAGUGAACAAUAGGAAAGUUAAAGUGCAUAGAGGAGAUGGGAGUUUUGUUCAUAGAGAGUGGAAGACGCUGAGAGUUGGAGACAUAGUGAAGGUAGAGAAAGACGAGUUUUUCCCGGCGGAUCUUUUCCUGCUUUCAUCGAGCUAUGGAGAUGCUAUUUGCUACGUGGAGACGAUGAAUCUUGACGGGGAAACAAAUCUGAAACUUAAACAAGGACUGGGAGUCACUUCUUCUUUGCAUGAAGACGAGAAUUUCAACGGUUUCAAGGCUUUUGUCAAAUGCGAGGAUCCGAAUGCUAAUUUGUAUUCCUUUAUUGGAACCAUGGAGCUUGACGGGGAAAGGUACCCUCUUUCGCCUCAACAGCUUCUCCUGAGAGACUCGAAACUCAGAAACACAGACUAUAUCUAUGGAGCCGUUAUCUUCACGGGUCAUGACACAAAGGUUAUCCAGAAUUCAACCGACCCUCCAUCAAAGAGAAGUAACAUCGAGAGGAAGAUGGAUAAGAUCAUAUACUUGAUGUUCGGUAUUGUGGUUUCAGUAGCGUUUAUUGGUUCGGUUACCUUUGGAUUAUCAACAAGAGAUGAUUUAGAGAAUGAUGUGAUGAAAAGAUGGUACCUUAGACCGGAUAGUUCCAGGAUCUUCUUCGACCCGAAAAGGGCACCAGAGGCUGCAAUGUAUCACUUUCUGACAGCGGUUAUGUUAUACAGUUACUUCAUCCCAAUUUCUUUAUAUGUCUCAAUAGAGAUUGUGAAAGUUCUUCAGAGCAUCUUCAUCAAUCAGGAUAUCCAUAUGUAUUACGAGGAAGCUGACAAGCCAGCGCGUGCACGGACUUCUAACCUGAAUGAAGAACUUGGGCAAGUAGAUACAAUUCUUUCAGACAAGACUGGAACUUUGACGUGUAACUCCAUGGAGUUCAUCAAGUGUUCUAUCGCUGGGACAGCCUAUGGCCGUGGUGUUACAGAGGUGGAGAUGGCUAUGGGUAGAAGAAAAGGUUCUUUAAUGUAUCAGAACAAUGAAAACGAUAUGGAAUACAGCAAGGAUGUCACCUCGGCUGCACAGAAAGUGAAAGGAUUCAACUUUAAAGAUGAAAGGAUAACGAACGGGAACUGGGUCACCGAGGCACGUGCUGAUGUUAUUCAGAAGUUUUUCCGGUUAUUAGCUGUUUGCCACACAGUUAUACCGGAAGUGGAAGAAGAUACAGGAAAGAUCUCUUACGAGGCUGAGUCACCAGAUGAGGCAGCAUUUGUUAUUGCAGCAAGGGAGCUCGGGUUUGAAUUUUACAACAGAACCCAAACAAGCAUAUCUGUAAGAGAGCUAGACUUGGGGACUGGCAAACGAGUUGAAAGGGUGUAUAAAGUCUUGAAUGUCCUUGAAUUCAACAGCUCGAGGAAAAGGAUGUCGGUAAUAGUACAGGAUGAAGACGGGAAACUGUUAUUACUUUGUAAAGGGGCAGACAGUGUCAUGUUUGAAAGACUUGCCAAGAAUGGUAGAGAGUUUGAAGAGGAGACCAGGGACCAUGUCAAUGAGUAUGCUGAUGCCGGGCUGAGAACUUUGAUACUUGCCUUUCGUGAACUAAACGAGAAAGAAUACAAUGUGUUUAACGAGAGAUUAACCGAAGCAAAGAAUUCGGUUAGUGCUGAUCGAGAAGCGUUGAUAGAUGAAGUUACAGAAGAAAUUGAGAAAGAUCUGAUUCUUCUUGGAGCUACUGCUGUUGAGGAUAAACUCCAAAAUGGGGUCCCUGAUUGCAUUGACAAACUUGCCCAAGCAGGAAUCAAGAUUUGGGUUUUGACGGGAGACAAGAUGGAGACUGCUAUCAAUAUUGGCUUUGCUUGUAGUUUACUCAGACAAGACAUGAAACAGAUCAUUAUCAACUUGGAAACACCAGAAAUGCUGUCAUUGGAGAAAGCCAGAGAAAAGGAUGACCUUGAGAAGGCCUCAAAGGAAAAUGUCCAGCGGCAGAUAACUUCUGGGAAAGCUCAGAUAAAAGCAUCUCGAGGAACAUCUGAUGCUUUCGCUCUAAUCAUCGACGGGAAAUCCCUUGCUUAUGCAUUGGAGGAUGAUACGAAGAACUUCUUCCUAGAACUGGCAAUUGGCUGUGCUUCUGUUAUUUGCUGCCGGUCAUCACCCAAACAGAAGGCACUGGUGACAAGAUUAGUGAAAUCGAGUACCGGUAAAACAACACUUGCAAUUGGUGAUGGAGCAAAUGAUGUUGGAAUGCUUCAGGAAGCAGAUAUCGGGGUUGGAAUUAGCGGUGUGGAAGGAAUGCAGGCUGUAAUGUCCAGUGACAUUGCAAUUGCUCAGUUCAGAUAUCUAGAGCGUCUGUUACUUGUUCAUGGACACUGGUGUUACAGGCGUAUCUCAUCAAUGAUAUGCUACUUCUUCUACAAGAACAUUACCUUCGGUUUCACUCUCUUUUUAUAUGAGGCAUAUGCAUCGUUCUCAGCAACACCUGCUUACAACGAUUGGUUUCUGUCUCUUUAUAACGUCUUCUUUUCGUCUCUACCCGUCAUUGCUAUGGGGGUCUUCGACCAGGAUGUAUCUGCUCGGUUUUGUCUCAAGUUCCCGCUUUUGUACCAAGAAGGCAUUCAGAAUGUGCUCUUUAGCUGGGGCCGGAUACUCGGCUGGAUGCUUAAUGGUUUCUGCAGCGCAAUUAUCGUAUUCUUCCUCUGCAAGAACUCUCUCGAGUACCAAGCCUUCAACCACCAGGGGAAAAUUUCCGGGCGGGAAAUUCUCGGGGGGACGAUGUACACUUGCGUUGUCUGUGUCGUGAACUUGCAGAUGGCAUUGGCUAUCAAUUACUUCACUCUGAUCCAGCAUUUUCAUUUUGUCAUCUGGGGAUCCAUUGCUGUCUGGUUCUUCUUCCUCAUGGCUUAUGGGUCUCUUCCGACAAGAAUAUCCACCGAUGCUUAUAAUGUCUUUCUUGAAGCUCUUGCCCCUUCACCUUCUUACUGGAUCAUCACUCUCCUUGUGGUGGUAUCGGCUUUGGUGCCAUAUUUUGUGUAUUCUGCCAUUCAGAUGAGGUUUUUCCCGAUGUACCACGGGAUGAUACAGUGGUUGAGGUACGAGGGUCAGUGUAACGACCCAGAGUACUGUGAUAUGGUGAGGCAGAGAUCGAUAAGGCCUACAACCGUCGGUUUCACUGCAAGAUUAGAAGCCCGGAAGAGAUGUAGGCGGAGAUCCGAGCCUGAACCAUGAGAACAAGUGAACAGAGAUGGAUGGAUUAUCUACUCCAUGAUUUUGUGCUUCAGUGACUUGCAGGCUGUAAAUAGAAGCAUUGAGACACAAGCAAGAAAUUUUCUUGCAGAAGGAAAAAGCCAUGGUCAUAGCAUCGCUGACUGCAAGGACAGUGCUUGUAAGAGGUUGUACCAUAUGGUGUAAAUUACGAUUCUUGCUGGAUAAAAGAAACGAGUUGCAGAGUUUCUGGGUGGAGAGAACAUCUGAUUUUAUUAGCAAAACCGCUUUAGGGUAAUGGCGGAAGAUUGUAAAUCAGAUACAAUACAGUAGAGAAAGAAAAUUUUCUCUUUC